CAGCAAGAAAUAUAAGAGGAAAUUUAGAUUUAAUUUGGUUCACAACUUCUGAAACAAUAUGAAUUAUGGGGAAUAAAGCAAGGAAGGAUGAAGAGGAUUUUGGUUGACCUUUUGAAGACCAUUUUAGUUAAUUAAAAAUUUCAUUUGGACAACUUUUAACAAAUUUUAGUUAACAAACCUAAAUUAACUAAUAAGACAAUGGAAUAAGACCUGUAGACUUGAUACAAAGCUAAAGUCAGAGGGCAGAUUAAUGUUCGAGCAGUGCCACCAAAAUUUGGUGGCUGCUCGAGUUCGUAUAUCUCCUUACAAAAUGAGCUUAGGCCCCCACACACAUAUAUUUAUUUAUAUAUAUCAUAAACAACUCUUACUUUUUGUCUAAUAGGAAGUGAAUUUUAUUUUUGCACAGAGUUAGAUUGAUACGACUACGACUGUAUUGAUUUUAAUACACGGCUACGUUAUACCAACCUAGACGCCCUGUAUUAUGCUAUAAGAUAGUAUAAAAUUCUAAUUUUGAGGCUAUGAACAUGUACAACUAAAAUGAGUUCUAAGAAGCUACUCUCCACCUCUCAUCAUCAUCUGAUCCCACCAAUGGUCCGAAACUCUCUUCAGUGGGUCCAAAACUGCACUGCCCAAUCGAAGCCACCCUUUCAACCAAAGAAACCCGCAAUCUUAGCCACCAAUGUCAUCAAAUCAUACUUCGAAAAGGGUAUGAUCAGAGAUGCACGUAUGCUGUUCGAUGAAUUGCCUGAGAGAGAUGUUGUUGUAUGGACGGUCAUGAUUGCUGGGUAUACUUCUUGCAAUUAUCACAGCCGUGCGUGGAAUGUGUUUUGUGAGAUGAUGAGGGAAGAUUUGGAAAACCCAAAUGAAUUUAUUAUGUCAAGUGCAUUGAAGGCUUGUAAGGGAAUGAGCUCACUCUCUUGUGGUGCUUUGGUUCAUGGGUUGGCUAUUAAACAUGGAAUGGGUGGUUGCUUGUACGUUAAUAAUGCACUCUUGGACAUAUACGCGACGUGUAGUGUUAGUAUGGAGGAUGCAUGCAUUGUCUUUCAAGAAAUUCACCGAAAGAAUGAUGUCUCAUGGACUACAUUGAUCACAGGAUACACUCAUCGCGGAGAUGGUCAUGGCGGGCUUCAAGUUUUUAGGCAAAUGUUGUCGGAGGGAGCUGAACCAAACUCAUUUAGUUUUUCAAUUGCGGUUAGAGCUUGCACCUUAAUUAGCUCUUACACUUGUGGCAAGCAAAUCCAUGCUGCAGUAAUUAAACACGGGUUUGAAUCUAGUAUUCCUGUCAUGAAUUCUAUAUUAGACAUGUACUGUAGGUGUGAUUGUUUAUGUGAAGCAAAUCAGUGUUUUCAUGGGAUGACCCACAAAGAUGUGAUUACGUGGAACACAUUAAUAGCCGGAUAUGAGAAAUCAAAUAGCAUUGCAUCCCUCUAUAUAUUUUCACAAAUGGAGUCAGAAGGUUUUGGGCCAAAUUGCUUCACUUUUACCAGUGUUAUGGCAGCCUGUGCAAAUUUAACAGUUUUGCGUUGUGGACAACAGGUUCAUGGAGGGAUUGUUCGAAGGGGUCUUGAAGGGAACUUGGCAUUGGCUAAUGCCCUUAUAGACAUGUAUGGCAAGUGCGGUAACAUAGAGGAUUCACACAAAAUUUUUGGUGAAAUGUCUUGCAAAAAUUUGGUUUCUUGGACAUCUAUGAUGAUUGGAUAUGGAAGUCAUGGUUACGGAAAAGAGGCUCUAGAAUUGUUUGAUGAGAUGGUCGGUUCUGGUAUUAGGCCUGAUCGGAUAGUGUUUGUUGCAGUUCUGAGCGCUUGUAGCCAUGCUGGACUUGUAGAUAAAGGUUUGAGUUAUUUUAAAUCAAUGAUCAAUGAUUACAAUGUUACCCCGGAUCAGGAGAUUUAUGGGUGUGUUGUAGAUUUGCUAGGACGUGCUGGAAGAGUUAAGGAGGCGUAUGAACUGAUCGAGAGUAUGCCAUUUAAGCCUGAUGAGUCUGUAUGGGGAGCAUUUCUUGGUGCUUGUAAAGCUUAUGAGGUUCCUAAUUUGGGCAAAUUGGCAGAAAGGAGGAUAUUGGAUUUGAGGCCAAAUAAAGCAGGGACUUACGUGAUGAUGUCAAACAUUUAUGCUGCUGAAGGUAAGUGGGAAGAGUUUGCUAGAAUGAGGAAGUUGAUGAGAGGAAUGGGGAGCAAAAAGGAGGCCGGGAGGAGUUGGAUUGAGGUGAAAAAUCAGGUUUAUAGUUUUGUGGUUGGAGACAAAGCGGGUCCCCAUAUAGAGUGGGUGUAUGGUGUUCUGCAAAUGCUCAUUCAACAUAUCAAAGAAGCUGGAUAUGUCCCUGAUUUAGAUUGCUUGAUACAUGACUUAGAAGAUGGGAGUGUGGGACUUGAACAGCAGCUGAAGUAGAAGAAUUGAGAAGACCAUACUGAUUGGAAGGGUUGCAGAAAUACUUUGGUUGUGAAGCCUAAAUCAGUAGACAUGGAAGAGAAGUAUGAUCUCGGGUAACAUGAUGUCAAACAUUGUUGCAGCUAAAGGUAAGUGCUGAGAGUUUUCUAGAAUGAUGAAGUUAAUAAGAGAAAUGAGUAAGAAAGAGGCUGGGAGGAGUUGGGUUAAGGUAAAAGAAGAAAUCAGGUUUGUAGUUGAACACAAAGUCGGUCUUCUUAUAGAGUGAAGUAUGGUAUUCUUGAAUUGUUCGUUGAACAUAUGAAAGAAGCUGGAUGUAUUCUUGAUUUAGAUUGCUUGAUACAUGACUUUGAAGGUGUGAUUUGAACAGCAGCUGAAGCAGGGAAGUUCAGAUGACCUUACUGAUUUGGAUAAAGAAAUAUUUUGGUUGGAGAACACUAAAUCAGGUGAGAUGGAAGAGGAAGAAGAUCUCAGGUAAUAUGAUGUCAACUAUAUAUGCAGCUGAAGGUAAGUGGGGAGAUUUUGCGAGAAUGAGCAAAUUGAUCAGAGGAAUAAGGAAUUAGAAAGAUGCUGGGAGGAGUUGCGCUGAGAUAAAAUUCAGGUUUAUACUUUUGUUGUUGGAGACGAAUUGGGUUGUCAUAUAGAUGGGUGUGCGAGUUUUGGAAUGCUCGUUCACACAUGAAGGAAGCUGGACAUGUUCCUGACUUAGAUUCCUUGAUACACCACUCAGAAGAUGGGAUUAGAACAGCAGUCGGAGUAGAGAAGACCAUACUAAUUAAUUUAGAAGGGUUGAAUAAAUACUUUGGUUGGAGAAGCCUAACUCAGGAGACAUAGAAGAGAAAGGCGGUCUCAGGGAAAAUUGAUUUUUUAUUGACACGAGUCUCAAAUUUAUUUUAAUUUUGUAAGGCCAAAUAAAUAACAUAGAGGGUGUUGGAGAAAGAAGGCACUUAUGAUUUCAGACAAAAAGAAUAGACCUUUGUUUGUAGAUUCAAAUUCAUUUUGUGUUUACAAUAAGUUGUUCUUCGUUUUGUAUUGCUACCAAAUUAGAAAAUGGCCAGUGCAACUAAUGCUA